AUGGGUGCCAUGAGUCCAGGAGCCCCGGCAGUCACCAUCGAGAGGGGAGGGGUUACUCUCCGUACCCAGAGGGUCUGGGGCGACCAGUUCGGAGGCCAGGUGGUGCAGACCGGGAAUGGGAGCUUCCAUGUUCCGUCUAGAGCAGAACUCUUUGGCGACUAUACACCGCACAAUGUCGCUAUUAAGUUGACGCAGUUUCAACAGAACCCCUUCACCUGGGGGCAUGGGGAGUACCAGACACGUUCGUCUGUCAUGGAACUGUCACUCCUGCAGAACGACAUCCCCGUGGCCUUCAACAACUUGACUGAAGAUUUUGCCAUCACCAUUCCGGUUGGCCCCGGAAACAAACCAGCGACAACAAUCGUCACCUUCCCUGCCCCAGGAAACCAAAGUUCGAGCUACCAUUUGCUAAAACUCAACAAUACUGCAGAAGGAUUCCUGGUCACAAUCACCCCGCUGAACACAAGCGUGGUGUACGGCGUGUGGGGCAGGUACGGCGGCCGCCCUGAUGACCAAAACUACAACAUGUCCAUGAAGACGUACGUCCUACCCGAGCAGUGUGCCUUGAUGAAAACCCUGAGUGGCGAUGAUGACGCAGAGAAGACAGAGGCGACAAUGUUCAUCCCGGGAGAGGAUCAUCCUGCGGAUUACUACAUCAAUGUCCAUGUGCUUGGACAAGUGACCGAGUGUGACAUUGAGGAAGGAGCUGAUGAGAAGGAGUCACACACUAACGACGUCUACGCCUACCGGAUCCAGUGGGCCCGUCUGAGCUGCGUCUACUGGAGCGAGACCCAGGAAGACUGGAGGACGGACGGAUGCACGAUCAACAAGCAGUCCACCAUUGCCAGCACCAUCUGUCACUGCAACCAUCUGACGGCCUUCGGAACUGACUUCGUCACACCGCCGAACAGGCUCGACUUCAGGGCGUUGAAUUACAGCGGUUUAAGGGACAACGUUGCCAUAGUUUCAACCAUCAUUGUGGCGCUCUGUCUGUACUCGUUCACAUUAGCCCUGAUAAAGAUUGCUGAGCGUGUAGGGAAAAGGAAGUUACAUCACGCUGUAAGGUUGGACGACCUUCAGAACGGCUACCAGUACCGCCUGCUCAUCUGGACAGGUGCAGCUAGGCAUGCUGGGACAGAGUCCACCGUUGCCUUCAAGCUCCUCGGCGAUGCAGCAAACUCCGAUGUGAGAGUGGUCAACAUCGCAGAGAAGGUAUUUACCCAAGGCAGCCAGGUGACCCUGAUCUUCAGCGCAGCAGAACAGCUGGGUAACGUGGAGCAGCUGCAGCUCAUGCACGACAGCAGUGGGGAGGGGAGCCGUGCAUCGUGGCACGUGGAGAGAGCAGCGGUGCAGGAUCUCACCACAGGCAAACUGUCCUAUUUCUUCUGCGGCGAGUGGCUGGCAGCCGACCGCGGGGACGGACAGGUGGUGAAGACCUUUCCUGUCGCCUCUGAGGAGGACCUGCGAUCCUUCGGGUUCCUGUUCCCGGCAAGUCUGCGGAGUAAUCUGGCAGAGGAGCACCUCUUCCUGUCCGUCGCUAUCAUGCCUGAAGAUAGCAUCUUCACCCGCAGCCAGAGGCUCGGCUGCUGCCUGAGUCUCCUCCUCAUGUCCAUGGUGUCCAGCGCCAUGUGGCUAAGGGACGAAAUAAAAACCCAGGUUGUGCAGGCCGUCAACCUGGGGCCAUUCUCCUUCACCCUGAAUGGAGUCUACACGGGAAUCAUGACCAGCCUCACCUGCCUUCCCGUCAUCGGGGCCAUAGUCCUGCUGUUCCAGUACAGCCGACCCAGCAACAAGGGCGACCGGCGGGUCAGAGAUGUGGAGAUGGGUGUUUCGGCUGAGGCACCCACGCAGCAAGGACCAGCCAAGGGCCUGCCACACUGGUUGUAG